UCCGGAAGCUCGGCCUCGGCUUCCGGGCGCUCGUGCGCCCGCGGAACCACAGAGAAGCCUCGCGAGGCUUCCGCUUCCGGCUGCGCCUGGAGCUCCGCGGGGCAGACGCAGUGCUGAGCCCACGGCUGCUGGACAAGAGUGACGGCCGGAGCCAUGGCGGAGACCGAGCCGAGCUUGGGGGCCCCCCGGAGCCCCUCAGCGGCGUCGCUGGAGAAGCGCGAGGAGGAAGCGGGCCCGAGCUCAGACCCUGAGCGUGACUCCGCGGGCCCCUCCACGCUGGAGGCCUCACCGCCUUCCCUCGAGCCCGCCGUCCAGGAAGCGAGCCCCCCGCCCCCCGCGGCCCUGGAGCUGCCCCUGCGCUCUGCGCCUCAGGCCGAGGCCGCUCCGCGCUCCCCGCCGGGCCCCGGCGGCUCCCGGCCCGGCCCCGAGACGUUCCGCCAGCGCUUCCGGCAGUUCCGCUACCAGGACGCGGCGGGGCCCCGCGAGGCGUUCCGCCAGCUGCGGGAGCUGUCCCGCCAGUGGCUGCGGCCCGACAUCCGCACCAAGGAGCAGAUAGUGCAGAUGCUGGUGCAGGAGCAGCUGCUGGCCAUCCUGCCCGAGGCGGCGCGGGCCCGGCGGCUGCGUCGUCGCGCCGACGUGCGCAUCACCGGCUGAGCGGCGGGGCUGCGGGCUCCGGUCCCGGGGGGUGGGGCGUGGGGCGGCGAGAACCUGCUCCCCACUCUGUGAAUGAAAUAGAGUUUGGCAGCUCCCGUGGUCUGGUGUCUCUCUUUCGUUCGUCUUCUAUUGGGGUAGUUUCACCGAGCCUGUUUCCCACCUGCAGUGCGCGCGGAAGGCCUCCAUUUCCUAGUCCUUGGGCCUGCCUUAGCUGUUGUGGGAUCCUUGCAUGUUGACCAGGCCUGGACCACCCUUCACACCUGGAUUUCUUGUUUAACAGGAGCUUGUUCUCCUACCUGAAGAGGUGGAUGAUGGCUUGUGGAGUCCUGCUGGUUCUGUACCUGCCCUUGGGGCACUGCCUUUCUUCCCUAAGGCCCGAAUUCCGGGGCUGUUGCCAUGUGUUUUACACCUUGCAGGGAGAGACUAGUUCUUGAUGAGCUCUGGUUUAUGCCUCCAGACUAACUUCCUCUGUUGCAAAAUUUUAGGCUGGUAGGAUUUAAAUGGAGGAACUGGUGUGAACGAAAGGAUGGUUUGCAUUACUGAAGCUAUUCAUCUUAACUUCUCUGCAGCUGGCCCCCUAAUUUAAUCAGCUUAAUUGUUUAGAGGGAAGAGAACUUGGCAAGAAAGGAGGAGAAUCUGCUAACUGGGACUCCACCUCUCUUGAGGCUCUGCCCACUGGAGGAGGGGCUCCUUGGGUCCCACCUAGCAGGGCCUGAAGAUGGUGCGAGACCUGCUUCCAGCAAUCAGCAUUAUAGUCCGUCUGCAGCUUGCACCAAAAAGCAUGAACCAGGCUGGACUAAAAGCUGGUAUGGGCAUUUUGCUCUUGAAUAAAGAAACAUUUA